AUGGCACCCAAGGGAGACAAGUACUCGGUGAUCCUGCCGACAUACAAUGAGCGCAAGAACCUGCCCAUUGUCGCCUGGUUGCUCAACCGUACCUUUACCGAAAACAAGCUCGACUGGGAGCUCAUAAUCGUCGAUGACGGCUCGCCCGACGGAACCCAAGAAGUUGCCAACCAGCUGGUCAAGGCUUACUCGCCACAUGUCGUUCUCAAGACCCGAACGGGCAAGCUGGGUCUUGGUACAGCCUAUGUGCAUGGCAUGCAAUUCGUGACGGGCACCUUCGUCAUCAUCAUGGACGCCGACUUUAGCCACCACCCCAAGUUCAUCCCCCGCAUGAUCGAGGUCCAGAAGCAGGCCAACUACGACAUUGUGACGGGCACGCGCUACGCCGGCGACGGCGGCGUCUACGGCUGGGAUCUCAAGCGCAAGUUCGUGUCGCGCGGCGCCAACCUGUUUGCCGACACUGUCCUGCGCCCCGGCGUCAGCGACCUUACCGGCAGUUUCCGCCUGUACAAGAAGCCUGUCCUGCAAAAGGUCAUUGAGAGCACCGAGAGCAAGGGAUAUACUUUCCAGAUGGAGAUGAUGGUCCGCGCCAAGGCCAUGGGCUGCACCGUUGCCGAGGUGCCCAUCUCGUUCGUGGACCGUGUCUACGGUGAGAGUAAGCUGGGAGGCGACGAGAUUGUCGAGUAUGCCAAGGGUGUCUUGAGCCUCUGGCUGAAGGUCUAA